AUGUCCGCCGAAGAAGACAGCUCCCGCCCCACCGAUGCUCCCCGCGUCGACACAAUUUCCCGCGACGACGCCCUCCGCGCCGAACUCGCGGGCGUCCGCAAGAUCAACAGCGUAAUCGAGGGCGUCGUCGCAUCCCUUGACAAGGCCAAAGACAACAUGGAGGUCCGUCCCCAGCUCCCAGCUUCCAGCUCCCAGAGGCAGAUUGGCGAAAAAGCUAACCAAGCCGCCGUGCUACAGACCGUCUCGCAAACAGUCGCAAACGCAAACACACUCCUCGACCUGUGGAUCCGCAUCCUCUCGCAAACAGAGCACACGCAGCGCCUCCUCCUCUCGGGUCAUUGGCAGGGCGCGACGCAGGACCUCGACGACAUCGAGGCGGAGACGGCGAAUAAGGCGCAGGAAGCGGAGCGCCGUAGGGAGGCCGAGCGCGGGAGGAUAGCGGAGCGUGAGAGGGCCGCCGCGGAAGCGGAGGCGAGGAGAAAUGCGGCGGAGAAGAAGCCAACGCCGACGAGAGGUACGAGAGGGUUGAGGAGGGCGGUGAGGACUACGGGAUCGGCCGCGGGGUCUUCGAGGGGUGGGUCGAGGAUUGCGGCGCCGCCGCCGAUGGCGAGGGGGGUGCCGGCAUCGAGGACGACGAGGGGGGCGGGGAUUGGGAGGGGGAGGGCUGUAUAA